AUGGCUUCCAUCAUUCCCCACAGCAUCAUAAACGCGGGCCCUCCAGGCACUUCACAUUUUACACAAAUACAAGGACGUAGACACAAUGAUGCACAGAGCGUCAACAAACUACCUGCUGAAUUGCUCUCACAUGUGUUUGCGAUUGGCCAAGCAUCAGAACGGGCCACCCGACCUAGGACACGGUAUUAUUUUGGGUUCCAGGAUGUCAUUACUUCUGCCAUCAGUGGAGGGAUCCCAUACCACCUCGUAUCCCUUUACCUUAAACGAGCAGGGCCUACUCGCCCCCUUGAGAUCGAUAUAGAAAUGCGUAAAAGGUUUUGGGGCGCUGUGUGCAUUGAAGCUCGAGAUUGGGAAACACAGCUCGAGAAAGUCCCUUAUCUGCUAAAGUUCCUCAUUUCUCGCGGAGCCACGGUAGACCGCUGGAGCUCACUUACUGUCUGCGUCAAACAGCCGGAGGUACUGUAUGCGAUCAUUGGGUUCAUCAAUGCACGACCCACCUGCGGCCUCCGUUUCCUCUCAUGUAGAUGGAAGGUCCGAGGGUAUAACUCUGACAUUGAAGAGCUACGAAGUUUAGAUUAUCCCCACCUUUUUAGUGAAUCUUAUUCUUUCUGCGCCUCUACGGUUCCAAGACUUCGUUGCGUUGAAUUUGAUGCCGUACCUUGGGGCUACGUUUUCAACAGAUCUUCUCCAAUAUUUACAGGUCUCACAACACUCAAACUCACCUCGUCGUAUGCAUAUUGCUCGCCCGAAAAUCUUCGUAAACUACUUGUUGCUAACCCGGAACUGGAGAAUCUAUCGCUUGAAAUUUCGAAGAGAGCUGCGUAUGGGUUCGAAAACGAAAUUGGACCGCCCGAGCUAGACAUUUUUCGUGUCUGCCUUUUACGCCUCCGCUCCCUUGCAUUCAUCACGGGCUCUUUCACUUCCUGGAUGCUGUGCAUGAUAGAAAUGGUCCAAGCGCCGGUGCUCGAGAAGCUUGUGAUCUCCGGUCGUUUCGAGUCGUCGAGUGGGAGUAUGAGACUCGCCAACCAUUUUGCAGGCACCGGGGCAGGCGGUGAAACAAGUAGUGGCUUGGCUACCCGGAGCAAGUCAACCUAUCCACUGCUUGAUGAACUGGAUAUAUCUAAGCUCUCCAUAACCCCUUCUGGAGAAUCACUCACGGAUAUACUAUCAUCGUUACCCACUGUCACUAAGCUUAGAAUUGAUGGCAGACAUUUUACUCGGGAAUUGAGCAAAGUCCCUCACACCUUACCUAACCUAACACACGUCUACUGUUUUCGAGUGUCUUACCGACAGCUGGGAAACGUGCUGCGUCAUCGCACGAGUGCUAGUUUUCCCCUCAAAUUUGUUUAUCUGAAUCAAGAGGGUUUUCGGGAGGCUAUCGGGCUUCGCUUGCCUGAAAAUCUCAAAUACAUACAGUAUCACCGCCCCCAUUAUCAAAUUCCGAUCAAGAUGAGAGCGAUCCCGAUAGCGAAGGAGAUCAAGGGCGAGACGUGGCGCGUAAUAAUGACCACUUUAGAUCCAAUUUAA